CUCAACUUACGGUACCUUAGGGGUGACCCCUGCGGUACGUACCUACUAACAUAUGAUGGUUUUUGUUUUUCUGCCGUAGCGUACGUACCGUACCGUACGGCAUGUAUCUGCCAUGGGCUCUAAAUUAUCACCCAUGUCUACUGCUAUCGAAAACGUUCAGGGUUUUGAGUUUUGAUGCCCUUAUCGUUUUCCGAUCCUUCUCUUUUCAGUAGAUUUCGACUUCGCAUUUCCAUUUUGAGAAGCAAUUUCAUAAACCAGGGACUUUCCGCUAGAUUAUGGGAACCAUGUUUCUUGGUGGGGUUCUUUGUUGCAACUACGGACCWACCUAUAUCACCGCUGCACGUAUUAUGCAUCGCAAACGUCAAAAACCACGAGAAGAGCAACGAGCACAAASUCAAACAAACCCCACACCUGCGAUUGUUUAUCAUGUCGUUUCGGUUUCUGAAUCCCCGUCUGGUGGACGAGUUUGAUCCCUACCGGGAAGACGGCGUCUGCUAYCACGGCGCCACUCUAGACGAUCCAGAUGUUUUGUGUCGAGAUAUUCCUCCAAAUCGAUUGCGCUUUCUGGGAUGGUGGUGAGUUGAGAGAGUGAGUGAGAAUGGAUUGUGCUCAGAUUGAUGGAUGGAUGAAAUAUCGGAAUUGGCAAUACGACUCUGUGGGAAAGCUGGAUGUUCUACUGGACGAUAAAAUUGCAGUAGCCUCCUGUAGGGCGACGAGAUGAAAAACUUGGCUUUGGUCUGCUCGGAAUCAAUUGGAGAACAUAGCAAACAGUUGCUCACGUCAUCCAUGAAUUGUUACGUAUCCCGAACCAUCCCACAAUCUUCGCUAAUACUGGAUCUGCUUUGUGCAUUCUUUCAUCCAAUCAUCGAUACAAUGAAUAACAGGUAUAUUACUCCCGAGCGACAUUUUCUAGAAUGGGUURUCUUUGUAGUAACCGGGGCCUUUUUAUUGAUUCUGCUGGGACCCAAAAUUGGGUUGUCGCCGUCGAAGCCAACAUCGUCGGGCACAAACACGCAUUCGCUCCAGCUGGCACCGAGGUUCUGGAUGAAAGCAUCUUCGCUUCUUUUUUACCCAUACGUUUCUUACACAAAAUUGUCCUGGGAGGGCUCGAAUUAUCCCGGACGGUGGCUGCUGUUUGCGUGCAUGCCAGUGGGAACCAUGUGGAUCCUGUCUGCCCUCUUUUGUUGUCUUGGGAGCGGGARAAAUUCGGCGGAACGAGCAGCCCCGGGCCAAGGAGGCAGAAGCAGCACGAACCAACAGCACCAAGCCCAUAGCAGUGCGAUGGCAGCGGUAGCUCGCUACUGGCUUCUGGAGAUCUGGCUAUCCUUCUUGCCGAUUCUCGGCAGCGACCUGUUGCUGGGCUUGUUCGCCGAGGCUAUGGAAUCGAUUGCGAAAGCCGUUCGGACGUUUGGGGCGACGAUUUGGGGGACGAGCACUGCAAAAGAUGGAGAAAAUGCAACUAUCUGCUACUUUUUCCACGGUCUCUAUUUGGUCCUGGCACCGGUGUUCUACGUCGCAGUCGGGGAGCUGACGAUGCAUCCAGCAGUCGAGAACGGCAGAAACAACGACCAAUGCGAUGCAAUCAGUUCCAUUCCUACGUUUCGCACCAGAGGCCGCGAUGCCUGCGUCGUSCUGUGGAAGCUGGCGGUCGAAUGCGCACUCCGGCAGGCGGUAGGGACUGCGAUUGCCACACUGUACUAUAUGGGCGUCGUGACACCGGCCUCGAUUGUGGCCGGCCUGAACGUAAAUUUUCUGCUGUACGACUUUGGAGAAACACCGAGYUUUCGGAUCUACUAUGUUCUGGGAUGGUUUCGGGAUGGAUGGCUUGUUCGCUUYGGGCUGGGGACCAUGGAAAUGGCCGUUCGGUCUGCCACGGCGUGGCUCCUAGGGACGCAAACCAAGAGCGAAUGAUUUGGCUGCAAACAAGUGCCCGGUCCGAAUGGAAACCAGCAGGCGAAGCUUGGAAUGGCUCUGGCAGGUGAAGAACCUUCCCACGACAUUCAUUUUUAUUCCGAGUGCAAGGAAAGAGUCUUGAGGACUGUAUGACAAGAAUUUCGAUAAUGGAUUGGUCUGUUUUUGUUGCGAAAUCAAAUCUCUGCCUCCACAGAAGUUUUUUGCACGAACCAGCUUGAAUAAGCCAAGGAACUAGAUUUGCAAGUACUACUUCGAAAGAACACGAGAAGACGAGAAGAUCAUGAAGAACGUCUGGAGACAUUUUCGUUUUGGAAAAUGAGAACAUCGAUUUAAAAAUUAUAAGUACUAUCAUUAGUAAGAGCUCCAAGACAGCAAGUGCAGUCGCUUUCCGUAGACAAUACGGAAAGGCUGUGCCACAAGUCGGGAUACAAAAUUGUUUUUAGCAAAGAGCMACGGAUAGCUCAGAGAAUAUGGUCCAAGAGUAGUCGAGCCGCUAGGUUAGUUGUCUCCACAAGUAACGCAGCAGUCGCAUGUCAGUUUGUUGCAAUCGACAAAAAUGCUUUCGAUGCUUGUUUGCCUACAGAAUUCAUCGGGGACCGAUCCAACGAAAUUAGUUCCACGCAAUUCGACCCACUCUGUUCGAUGAUGGCACAAUUUGGGAACAGUGGAGUGGCUGUGGGUCAGAUAUGAUUUUUUCACGCUAAAGAAAACCGAAUCGAUUUUUUAGGUUCCACUUACUUAAUGAAUCGAAUUCCGACAACAUCGCUGGGAAUCCCCCCUUCCCGAGGCGCGGGUUGUUGGAAAAGUCCAUGGCCGUGAUGUUUACCUGAUUUAGGAUAAUCAGCUCCAUGGGGAGUUCCCCCACCAAUAAGUUUCCGCCCAAAUCUAACCGCUGCACCAGCUUGUUCUCGGAACAAAUGACGCCGGGCCAGUCACACUCGUCGCUGUCCCAUGGGGAGCCCCAUGGUGUCUUCCACGAAGAUUCUUGUGCACUAUCUGUGGCGUCACUUGUUUGAUUGCCACUUGUGGAAAAGAAAAGGCAUAGAAGGGCAUACCGCUGCGCGAGCUUUUCGAAGUUCAAGCUAUCAUUUUUGCCGAGUACCAGAAUUCCGUAAUUGAGCAAAAUCUCCAGUGCACGGGAGUUGUAUGAUUCAGGGUCUUCGAAUUCGCUCCCGCCCUGCAGCGCGUAACCCUCAAGAAUGAGGCCACUUUUUGUGAUGUAUUGGCGCUCGACUCCCGGUGUGUCGGGGGUAAUUGGUGCUUCUGGGAUUUCCCCUACAUUUUGCUUCUCCUGCUGUAUUUCGAGCGGAGGAGCCAAGGGUUCUGGAGUCGAGGAUUUCGAGAAGGGUUCGGGGAUGUGGAUGCCACCUAGAUUCGUUAUCGUUCCAUUCUGUUUCUCAUGUUCAAGAGCAGGGAACAACAAACAAAACGCAGCGGCAACGAUGGCGCCGAUGAAAAGAAACUGGAACAUUAUCCACACUAGAAUGGAUUUGAUUGCCCGUUUCUGGGGAUUCGUACCACCGGAUGUAAAAUGUACCUUUUCCGGCACGUCCAAGAUCUCAUCUGUGCUGGCUGGUACCUGGUGAUCGGGCCGUGCACACUGUCCUUCUAGACUGCAGUUCCCGCAAGGAAGACCACCGCCCCUGGAUCCAUAUUGAUCGAUACCUGCGUCCAAAUCUUGCGACAUUUCUAAUCCAAUUUCUCAAUGUUUUAUUGUGGAUCGAUCUAGCAAUCCAUGUGGCUGUUAGCACUAAUUACUUCGUCACGAGAAUUCCCUUCCUACCGUGUUAGCAGCGAAGCCUUGCGUCGUGUCAGCGAACUACAGUACGUACCUGGUACGGAACGUGAAGGUUUACAAACUAUUUGCAUUAAAAUUUUUGUUCCGCUUUUUGGGAGACCUUCUUGGACUCAAACGAACAAUAUUUAUUAUCAUUAUCUGUUUUGUAUUUAUUGUAGUAAUAUCUGUCUAUCGAGCAUUUAUGGUUAACAAGAUUCUUUUGGUCUCCCUAAGUACGAUUCUAUCCUCGGGAACUGAGGAGUUGUCACUUUUAUUUAAUACGCCUGCCUGUGGUGGCAAUCACAUAAAAACCAUAACAAAAGAUAAUCUACAAGUGGGGGUUUGUGAAAAAUUUUGAGCGACGAACACCACGUAAGCAUCUUUGAAAUCGCUCGCGACCUGACCACAUACUUCAACGAUAGGAAGAGAAACGUACGGUGCACGAGUCCGAGACUGACAUCCAGGAACAAAAAUAAGCCCCCAAAAACCUAGUAAUGAUCCUUUAUUCAGACGUUAAAUUUGAAGAAUGAAAGAUGUUGUCGUCACAUUGAAUUACAUUAUUGUACGGUAGAAGAAUGGGUCAUUCCCGUAAAUCUAGAUGGUCUAAACUUCGAAACAUUAGAAACAGGGCCCCACUGGACAUUUUUUAGGGACUCUUCUAGUCUUAUAGGAAUUUGGAAUCUCAACAGAAAUGACUAAGACUGGAAAAGUGCGCCUGCAUUUUUUUUUGUUAAUUUUCAUUCUUGGAUCCUGGUCUAGAUUUAGACUUUCUGUCAACAAGCGUGAAUCCAGUGUUGACAGAAAGUCUAUAAACAAUUUGGACUAUAUGGUCUCAGAAGUUUACAAGCGAAGCAAUUAGUGAAAAGAUUGAGACCGGAUCUGACAAUUCGUGUGAAUUUGGGAACCAACUCUCGUUUUUUAGAAACGCGAAAGGAAUGAAUCUAAUUGAAUAUCAGGUUUGAUGAGGGAACAAUAUGGUCAAAAAGUGAUAUAUCUUUGCUAUGUGAUAAAUUACAGGCCAGAGAAGACUUGGGCCAUGCUAACGCACAAGAAUCAGGAUUGGAGGCACCCUUCUUCGCGGAUUCAACCACAAACUACCAAGGCCCACCARAACCGUGCGACGCAUCCGACACGCACCAAUUUUCAUGACCGAAGGAUCCAUCGAACACAAAAGUCGAAGUGCAGCACCGGACACAAAAUGCCGUAGUACGGUACUGCACUCCGAUCAGCCUUACACAACACACUCCCACCCCCGUCAUUGUGCGAGAACGAUGCCAGUGCCACCGAUCGCAGUACGAAUGAAAAGAAAGUGCAACCGUUUGGGAUGAACAAAUCGAUCGUUGGCGUUGCCCUCUUCGCCAAACGUGCCGCGUUCUAGAGAACACACAUAAGAGCGGUGCUGAUGCCAAAACCAGGAAGRAAUAUAUCGGCGGAGAGCCCUGGUAAACAGGUCGGAAAUCAAUACUUUUGCCGGACUUUGCAUUGCCAUCCUUGAGCCUGGGUCGUGAUCCCGC